UGACCAGUCAAACGUUUAAUCGCGGUUUCUCAUUCAACGGCAUGACAAAGUGUCUACACUUUUGACUGUUUUAUUCUGAAAAUAAUACGCUACUUCCGCUUCUCCUUCCUGCGCAUUUUCCAGUUAGCUUUCUGCCAACCAGCUCGUGUAUGAGAUGAAAAACAAACAUUGAUACAACUGACCAAAAUGAUCAAGAUAUUCCUCGUCUUGCUGCUCAGCGAGGCGACGUCCUCGGUAAAUUUCUCCCUUAGUUUCUUCCUGACCGCCACCUCGGGGGUUCCCAAUAUGCCACAGUUCGUGGGUGUGGUCAUGCUGAAUGACGAGGUGGUGGGCUACUAUGACAGCGACAAAGAUAUGGCCGAGCCCAAGCAGGCCUGGGUCCAAGAUUACCUCGCGAAGGACCCCAAGCACUUGAUCUGGCACGCCAACCAGUGCCGGAAACACCGGAGAGACUUCAACGCAGACAUUUACAACCUCAAGAACCAUUUCAACCAGACGGGAGACCAGCACGUCCUCCAGCGUGUGAGCGGCUGCGAGGUCGACAACGACACGGGCGCGGCGAGGGGUUUCAACCGCUACGGCUACAACGGCGAAGACUUCAUCCUGCUGGACCUGGACGCCGAGACCUGGAUCGCACCCCAGCAGGCGGCCCGCCUCACCAAACAUAGAUGGGACGCCGAGACAGCCACCAUCCAGUACAUGAAGCACUUCUACUUGAACGAUUGUCGUGACAGGAUCAAAAGCUACAUGCUCUUCGGGGGGGAGUUCCUGAACAGAAUAGUGCACCCCAAGGUGGCGCUCCUCCAGAAGACGCCCCGGUCGCCAGUCUGCUGCCACGCCACGGGCUUCUACCCGGACCACGGAGCCAAGAUGUUCUGGCGGAGAGAUGGCAAGAAGGUCCAGGAGCUACUCCGCGACGGCGGGGAGAUCCUGCCCAACCACGAAGGAACCUUCCAGAAGACCGUGUGCCUCAACGUUUCGGCCAUCCCGGAGGAUGAGUGGGCCCAAUACCAGUGCGUCUUUGAUUUCGACGCACGUAACCAGGACGAGAUGGUCGUCAUCCUGGACAAAGCUGUGAUCGAAACCAACUAUUUGUCACCGGGUCCGCCGCUGCUCGAUCCGAUGGUUGGAGGCACUGCGGUGGUUCUGCUGCUCGUGGUGGUGGGCGCCAUCGCAUCGUGCAGGUUUUGGAAAAGAGAGGGCAAAGGCUUCGACUUGGUGGCCACUAAGACCUUUUUGUCUGUGGACAUACAGGAGUGAUUGAUUCAUUGAUUCAUUCAUUCUAGUAGGAUACAAAGAUACAAUAUCGGAGUAUUUAUAGUGCAAAAAAAUAACACUGUAUGUGAGGUCAUUGGAUAUUUUUUGUUCACUUUUUUUUUGUGUGCGUUUCACGUUUGUGGUCAUAUCAGAUUGCUUAUUUCAAAAAUCGGCAAAACUGUAUUUUUAAAAAACGGUACCAGCUUUAUUGUUAUCCGGUUGUCCUGACCUCAAAUGUUUUUUCCCCCUUUGGGAAACAUCUUCCCGAGAAGGACAGAUGUCAGACGCGCUCCCAGACCGACUCACAGACAUUGCUCUCAAUCAAUAAUCUUUGUCGUUGAGGAAAGUCUACUUCAAGUUCACACGUCCUGGAGGGGCGUCUGCAGCCGGCUGCUCAUUUGGUCCGGGGGUCCGCGCUGACCCCCAAACCGCCGCCGGGGAUUGUCCUCAUGCAAAUCAGUGGGGCAACCAAUUCAUGACCGCACAAUUCGAUUAGACAUCUGCAUAUCCAGCAUCUGCACCCCACAAAAAUCUGCCAAUACCUCGCUGCGCCCCCCAUUCUACAGGCCCCAGCGAGGGCAGCGGCCCACGACCCCGGGGGGUGGUUUAGCCCCCCCCCUCUCUGUCCCCGCGCCCUUUCUCGCCCCCGGCGAUAAUACCUGACCCCGCCCCACAGACGGGACGAGUGGAGUUCAAGGUAAACGGGCUUUCUGCGUCACUGUUGGCGCACAUUCACACCACAGACAACUUCCCUUCUUUUUUUUUUUAAUCAUAUGUAUCGAUUAAUCAGUCUGAUGUUCUUUUUUUUUUUUUUUUUAUGAUAGAGAUUGAACAAUAGGAAGCGAAUCGUUUUACCACAUGUCAGUUGAAUAAACAUCAAUGCAUUUCUAUGAUAGACAGGAGCAUGUCCAAUAAAGUAUCAGAAUAUGAAAUAGUAA